CUCCUAAAUAUCUCCUGAUAGAAUAGAGGUUUGAAAUUACUCUGCACAUGCUCAGUUUGAUGUGUAUUGCUAGAGAGGUUUUCUUUUCUUGGGAGGAUGCAUGUGAUCAGCACAGGGCCAAUCAGCACUGUCCAGACAGAGGUCAGGGGUCUUGCAUCCUCCUAUAGGAGAAUGAAAACUCCUCCUACAAGCUUUAACCAGUGCUCUGCUGAAGUCACAAGACUGUUCUAACUGCUGAUGAGAAAAGGUAUUUAGCAGUUUGUAUAUACUAAAAUAAUUCAAUUUCCAUGUUGUGUGUACUGUGGGAGACCAGAUAUAGUGAAUGCAGGGUCCAGG